GAGACAGCAAAACCAAAGGUGCAUGGACUAACAUGCAUUUGCAUUUAAUUUUUUCUUUGUACAUUAGUUUAUGAAUUUGUGUAAAAGAUGUCAGAGACAAGGGCAGCAGCAGCAACAACAAAGGCAGGUGCAGAGAAAAAAACAGAAGCAUCACAGGUUCAGUCAUUAUAAGUUCAGACUCACUAUCUCACCCAUCCACCACAUAGCAAAAAUUAGUGAAGAGGUGGCAGAACACAAUUUUCAUAUUCAUUAACUAUUAUCCAUCCAUGCACAGUACAAUAAUCUCCAACCCCUCUUAACCCUCUUAAAUAAAAGCAUCUUCAAGAAAAUCCUUAUUUUUGUUUCUCAAAAAAUGAUGAGUGCAAGUUCAAGAAAUAGGUCACUUUUCACACCAAAUCAAUGGCAAGAACUUGAACAACAAGCCCUAGUUUUUAAAUACAUGGUUACUGGAACACCUAUUCCACCAGAUCUCAUAUACUCUAUUAAGAGAAGUUUAGACACUUCAAUAUCUUCAAGAAUCUUUCCUCAUCCACCAAUUGGGUGGGGAUGUUUUGAAAUGGGAUUUGGCAGAAAAGUAGACCCAGAGCCAGGGAGGUGCAGAAGAACAGAUGGCAAGAAAUGGAGAUGCUCAAAGGAAGCAUAUCCAGACUCAAAGUACUGUGAAAGACACAUGCACAGAGGUAGAAACCGUUCAAGAAAGCCUGUGGAACUAGUAGUUUCUUCUUCAACAACAACACCAACAAAUAACACAAACACAGCAUCUUCUUACAGCAACAGAAACAUCUCCUUGAACAACAACAGCAGCAGCAUAAACUCACCUUCUUCUUUCCCUUUCUCUACUUCAUCCAUGGCUUGUCAUGAUCAGUCACAAUCUUUUUCACAAUCCUACCAAAACUCUUCUUUAAACCCUUACUAUUACUCUCAAUCAAUUACCUCUACUAAACCACUUGAUCAUUCUCAUUUUCAAACUCAAGAUGCUACUACUCAUCACCUCUUUUUGGACUCAACAUCUUAUUCUCAGGAUGACAAGGACUUUAGGAGGCAAGUUCAAGGAAUAAGAGAUGGUACUGUGGAUGAGAGAACUUUCUUUCCAGAAGCUACAGGUUCAUCUAGGAGCUGUUAUCAUGAUUCAUAUCAACAACAACUAUCAAUGAAUCCCUUUAAGUCUUACUCAAGCUCACAGUUUCAGAAUAUCAAUGAUGAUAAUUCAAGACAACAACAAGAACAACACUGUUUUGUUUUAGGCACUGACAUCAAGUCAACAAGAACAACAAACAAGGACAAAGAAAGUGAGACAACUCAGAAACCACUUCAUCAUUUCUUUGGUGAGUGGACACCAAAGAACACAGAUUCCUGGCUAGAUCUUGCUUCUAACUCCAGAAUUCCAACAGAUGAGUGAAGUUAUUAUUUGAUUAAGAAUUGCUGGUGGAUACUGCCAAGAGAGAGUUAAAGAUCAAAAUGUUAUGUGUGGCUGGGGUGAAUUUUCUUUAGCAAAAGGUGUGAUCUUUAUUGUGUUAUGUAGGGGACCACAUUAGGAUUUUUUUGUGUGUCUUGAUGAUAUAUUUUAUUAUUAUUAUAAUAUGCUUUGUUUCUUCAACAUGAAGAAAAGUUAAAAAAAACAUGUCUCAGAUUUUCACACUUAAGAUGUUUGACUGGAAAGCAUAUUAAGUUGCUUAUGCAGUCUACUUUUUUAAAUGGGUGGUAGUAGCAAUAGCAAUCAAUCAAGGACAAAUUUAAAUUAACUUUCUGAUGCUUGUGCUUGUAUGUUGUGAUGUAUGGACCCAACAGCCAGAAAACAUGUGCAAUGAAUAUUUUGCAAUAUA